UGUUCAACUAUUGAAAUAAUAUAUACUCGUUUCACUGUUGCUUACAAUCGGAUGAAUACAACAUUAUUCAAUAAGUUAAGCGUCACUAAAAUAAUUACAAUUCGGAUUAACGAGAAACCCGAACAUUAAGAUGCAGACAGGAAUGUACCAGCGUCUGUAUCUUCUGCUAUUUCUGCUGAACAAGCUGACCCUUCAUGUGACCGACUGUUUCCUUCUGUCCCCGAGCCGGGCGGAACUAGCUUGGUGCCCACGGAACAUCCGGGGCGCCGCGCACGUGUUCACCUAUCGGAACUGGUGUCUACAGUUCGUUCUCAGUGAGAGUAUCUACUGGGAUGAAGCCAGCGCCAAAUGCAAGCAUUUCGGGGGUCACCUUGUGAAGAUCGGGGACUCCGGGACACAGGCGUUCAUAAUGGCCGCACUCGGUAAUCUCCACUUCCAGCAAAAGUUCGUGUGGAUUGGCCUUAACGACAGGCUGGAUGAGCAAACUUGGAGGUGGGACAACGGGGAUCGCCUAGGAAAUAGCUACACCCACUGGGCGAAGGGGCAAGAUGACAAUAACAUAUUUCACUGGGCCCAGGACUGUGUGUCCCUGGACUACAGUGAUUAUGGUAACUGGUAUGACGGGGACUGCCACAUCUGGCCAGAACACUACAACUACAUCUGCCAGUACGACAUGAUACCACUCACAACUCACUACACAAUGAAAACUACAACGACUACUAGUACAUCAACAUCUAAAUCAACCACAACCACAACAACAACGACGACGACAACAACACCAAAACCGACAACAACAAGCACAAGUACGACUUCAUCAACAACAACUUUUACCUCACCUACUACGUCACAGACGACUACCACGCGCCCUACAACAACAACUACGGUCAGUUGCCUAGAGGUAGACUGUCAGAGUGCAUGUCCUAAUGGUUAUUCGGGCCUGUACACAGGAGCGGAUGGGUGUGUCGCUUGUCGUUGCAAUUAAUGUUUUCAAUGCAAUAAACGUUAAAUAUUU